GAUCGACGAGAGCGCCGAUGCCCAUCCGCCCCGGCGCGCCGGGCUUCGUGCCGGGCCACGCCGCUUCCCCCGCGGGCUACCAGGGGGUCGCGGACGGGGCGGAGCUGGCGCUGCAGGAUCUCCACAAAGACCAGGGCGAGUGGAGAGCAGCGGCGGCGGCGGCUUCCAGGCGGGCGCGGUCGAUCAAGGGCCAGCAGGAGAGCGACGUAGAGCCC